UACAGCGGCAGCAAGGUACGUACCGACCACCUCCCCUCGCCGGAUGAAGGGUUCCAAGAGAACAACAACGCAUUUGUGAUAGCUCAUACCACCAGAACUUGUAUCACUCUACACUUACAACCAUAUUUUCAACAGUUUUCGCGGGGAAAUUGUCGAGCGCAGAGUUAUCGGGUCACUUUCGGACCCCGCAUCACUUGGCCCUUGAGGCCUGCCCAUCUCUCAAGAUGUCUUUAGAGAACACCACUUCCGAAUUGACAGAUGGCCUCAGCAACACAACCACCACCCAGGCCCCAGAACCAACCGCCUUUGCUUUAAUACUGCUACUGAGACCAGAAUAUCUCUCUGUUGUGAUCAGCGCGCUAUGCAUCAUUUGGCUAGGCGCUCAUGGCUCACUUCGACGACCGCCCUCAGCGGCACCCAUCAAGACGAAGAAAGGCCAGAAGCAGCCUAAAGAAGACAAAUUCGCCGAAGGGCUCGCUGCUUCAGACGCCAUCAUGUUUCCCAUCUUGGCCGGUAUCCUUCUGAUCAGCUUGUACUACCUCAUCGAGUGGCUUCAGGACCCUGACAUCUUGAACAAGUUCAUGAGGGCUUACCUGUCCAUCAUGGCCGUUGCGAGUUUGGGCCGGCUGGCCGGAGAUUCGCUGGAUGUUCUGACGAGUUUGGUAUUCCCGUCUACCUGGGUUGAUGGCAAGGGGACAGUGUAUCACAUCGACUCGUACAAGCACCAUCAGUAUGUUGUCGACAAGGCCACUGGUCAGAACAAGGUUGUCCGAGACCGGACGUCUCCCCUUCCUGGCUUCCUGUCUAUUCUGGCGCAAUCAAAAAAAGCUGGGGAUGUCCUCUGGCUGGUACGGCAUCUUUUCACUGAGGAAUGGACUGUCAAGUUUGCGAUGCAUGGCUUGGUCUUUGUCAAGUUCAACAUCAAGCUCAACGACUUGCUUGGGUUCAUGGUUUCGAUACCCUUUGCUGCGGCGUACCACUAUCUUGGCUGGAACAUUUUGUCCAACAUUAUGAGUGCGGGGAUGUGCUACGCUACGUUUAUGCUUUUGUCGCCAACCUCGUUCGGGAUCGGGACUAUGGUUUUGUGGGGGCUUUUUGUUUAUGAUAUUGUCAUGGUGUUCUAUACUCCCUACAUGAUCACAGUCGCAACAAAGCUCGACGCCCCAAUCAAGCUGGUCUUCGAGAACAACAAGAGCGUCAGCAUGCUCGGUCUCGGCGACAUCGUCGUCCCCGGCAUGCUUAUGGGACUUGCACUUCGCUUUGACCUCUACCAAUUCUACCAGAAGCAGAUCAAGCUCGAACCUGUCGAGCUGGUUUCGGAGACCCUGGCGGAGGAUGGAACAAAAUCGGUUACUACUACUGAGACUUGCGAACGUCGGGUCAAGGCUCCGUUUGUUGAUCCCAGGGGACAGUGGGGCAACAGACUUUGGUGCACCCAAUUUGGUGGUUUGUUUCCUGUCAAGGAGGCUACCUCGGUCCGGGCUGCCACCGCCUUUCCGAAACCCUACUUUUAUGCCUCUAUGGUUGGGUACACCGCGGGUAUGCUGGUCACGUUGACAAUGUUGUUGGUUUUUAGACAUGGUCAGCCGGCGCUGCUCUAUCUGGUGCCUGGCGUUACCGGAGCGUUGUGGCUGACUGCUUUGGCGAGAGGUGAGUUGAAGGAUGUGUGGGGGUAUACUGAGGAUGGGAGCCUUGACACGGAGGAUGUGGUUGUCGAUGUUGCGGGAGAAUCGAAGGUUAUGGAGAAGAAGGACGGGGAGGUCAAGAAGAAGGCUGGGGAGGUCGACAAGAAGGAUGACUCAGAGAGCUAUGAUGUCUUUCACUUCUCUAUCUCCGCGCCGCGGAUAGCGUCAAAGGUCAUAAAAGCAACCUAGGGGGUUUACGAAGG